GAUUGGGGUUUUUUUUCUCUCUCCCCAAAAGGUUUCCAGCUUCAGCCACUCUCCCAACGGAUCCCCCUAUUCCACGGGAGCUGUGGACAGCGGCGGGAUAAGGUCCCACUACAGGUUCUCCCCCAUCCUCUACAACAACAACACCCACAAGGAUGACUACAUCACUGAUGUCAAAUCCCUGGACACCUUCCUGAGGAACGAGGAGGAGAAACAGCACAGAGUGCAGCUGGGGAGUUCCGACUCCAGCUCCCCUUCCAGCAGCCCAACCUUCUGGAAUUACAGCCGCUCCAUGGCCGACCACGCCCAGAUCCUGAGGAAAUUCCAGUACCAGCUGGCCUGCAGGUCCCAGGCUCCCUCAGCACACAAGGAUGAGGCGGAUCUGAGCUCCAAACAGGCAGCAGAGGAGGUCUGGGCGCGGGUGACGAUGAACAGGCAGCUCUUGGAUCACAUGGAUUCCUGGACAGCCAAGUUCAGGAAUGUAAGUCCCACCUCCCAGGGCUUUAAAGACAAGGAGAGUAGGGAAUUCUCACCUUGGCAUGAGCUCUCAAAUCCCAAAUCCCAUGUUGGUCAUCUCCCUGAAUUCCUGGAAUGAACAGGACAGGGAAUGGAGCCGUCAAAGCAGACCCAAAAUUCCACCAAAAUGGCCCCAAAAAUGAUCUUUAUGGUUGGAGGGCCGUGAUUCCCAAUCCCUCUUUUUGUCCAGAAAAGCUUUACUGGCAGAG